AGUCAUAAUUAUAUAAAGAACGUUAUAAAAAAUAGCUGACAUACAUUGUAUGCCACCUUUCGACUUGGGAAUACAAAAGCAGAAUGUUGGUCAUGUGGAGUAUGGAAUUUCUCUUUGUCGUCUUGGCAAACUUGGUUGUGGAUUCCAACAGCUUUCAUACCAAUACAGCGAAAGCAUUCCAUGCAACGAGCUUCGUUCCAAGCGUUCCCGCAGAGAAAGUGGACAAAGUCAUUACGGAAUUACAAGAGAAAACUGAUGUCAAGUUGAAAGAGCUGGAAGACGACAUUCAGACUAGUCAGAGCCUGUUGGAGGCGAAAAUAACUGCCCUGGAGACAGAAAUGACAAAUCUUGCAAACGACACCAAGUUAGCUGUAGACAGCCAGCUGUCCAGUGUCAGGAAAGUGAUAGAUAAGAUAGCGGAGGUAUGCCCAAACCCGUCGUCCAUAAAAGGAGGAAAAGUACUGAAGUCGACAGGACGCCAUGUUGGUGCCCAGGUGCAGUUCCAGUGUACCUAUGACAAAAAGCUAGCAUUCACUUGUCUUGCAACGGGAGAAUGGGAUGCCAAACAUCAGUGUCCACUGUUAUAUUCGGAAAAUCCAUCACUUGGGACGUACAAACUUCCGAGUACAUUUGGCCCCGGAUCAGCAGUGACGUUUAUUGCCGAGCCUUUGGGAACAGGAGAACCGUGGCCAGUCUUUGACUUCAAGAAAGACAAAGAUGAGGAAGCGGAUAUACUGUUUCUAACGUCUAUUCGAAUAAGGAAAAGCGCACUAGUAAGAAACUCUCGUCAAAAAGGCCGUUAUCUAGGGGAAGAAAGGGCAUAUAAUUCUCCUUUCAACUUCAAAGUCGGACAACCCUUCAACUUCACUGUAGUCCUUGACAAAACAGGAUAUACGGGAUAUGUCAAUGGCGAUCAUUCAUUCGACUUCAAGCACAGAGUCAACGAAAUGCCGCAAUACGUGGCACUUCGUGGACAGAUGAAGGUGAACAGCAUGAAAGUCCGGAUCUAGGAUACGUCCUGUGUAUUGCGGAAUCAAACAGUUCUUUCUCCAUCACACACUUUUUCUCCACAGAAGAAUUUUAGCUCCCAAUGAAAAGUGUUUUUGUGGUUUGUGAGAGAAAAUAUCAUCAAGGAGUAAAACUCUUAUGACAUUACCCAUAAAAUAUAUAUCUUAAUGUUUUCUUUGGGUAAAGCAGCCUGCAUUGUAAUGGUAAUCUUCUGUUGUGCCUGGUGUAUCAACGUUGGCCCUGUUGCUUCAUCACUACACCAUAAAAUAUACAUUGAACAAUUAAAUCUGGUAUGGAGUGAGAAAA